AUGUUGCGAAGGAACGUUAGGCUGAGGAGAGAGUAUCUCUACAGAAAGAGUUUGGAGGGAAAGGAGCGUUUGCUAUUUGAGAAGAAGAGGAAGAUAAAAGAAGCCUUAGAAGAGGGGAAACCAAUCCCUACCGAGCUCAGGAAUGAAGAGGCAGCCCUUCGCCAAGAAAUUGAUCUCAAAGACGAACAAACAGCUGUUCCAAGGACACACAUUGAUGAUGAAUAUGCAAAUGCAUCAGAACAAGAUCCUAAAAUUUUGCUAACCACAUCCCGCAAUCCAAGUGCUCCUCUUACACAGUUCGUAAAGGUGUAA